AAGGAAGAAGAGGCUCUUGAAAGUCUUGUUGGUGCGAUCACAGAGAUCACAGAGAUCACAGAGAUCACAGAGCUCUGGUCAGCCCUGAAUAUUGGGGCUCCUUGACACAGGGGGGUUCUCAGAAAUCAUGGCUCUGGUGUUUGGUUCAUCGCCCUAGGUCGUCUGGCCCGGAUUUGGACAUUGGCAAUUGGCCCGUUAUGCGUGAUUCUGAUCGGCUCUGCCGCGCAUUCACGCCUCAGCCCUGACCAUGGAGGCGGAUGGGCGUGGCUCCUCGGGCGGGACUCGGAGUGUGUCGGCCAAUCGGGUCACGACGAGUCGGUCAGCCUCGGCUAACCAGGGGGUUAGCACGCCGGGGACGGGUGGAUCGCGCUCCAUGGCCUCGACCCCCGCCCGUCAAGCGCGUACGCCCAGCACCCCGGGUACGACGCGCCUAUCGCGUGGUCCGCGCACGCCCUCCAGUGGUGCCCGCACACCGGGUACUCCGGGCACGCCGAGCGGUCUAGCUGGACCUUCGGGUCGGCGCAGUGGGCGCGUGUCAUUGGGUAGCGUGGGUGGGAGUAGCUCGAGUUCGGGCGAGCGCGACAAGUUGCCCUAUCUACGCUCGCUGUCCAGUAACACGCCUUUAUCCCCGGGUGCGCGCUCCUUGUCCACCACCCACCCGAGCAGUGCUAGCUUGCGCUCGUUUCCGGUGAGCCCGGCUUUGCCGGCCCAAGGACCGAGUAAUGCGGGUGGACUUCUGCCCAAGUUUAUGUGGUUUGGUAUUUACGACUAUGAGGCCAAGGGCGAUGAUGAACUGGAUCUCCGCAAGGGCGAUCUAAUCGAAGUCUUGUCCAAGGACUACAAGAUAUCCGGUGAUGAAGGCUGGUGGACCGGCAAGUGCAACGGCAAAGUGGGUGUGUUUCCGUGCAACUUUGUGGCGCCCUGUGAUCAAGAUUUUUCGAAUUUGACGCAAGAAGAGCUCAAGCGUUUCUAUCCACCUCAUAUCGGUUUUGCCGAGCUCGAAGUGGAGGAGGUAGUGGGCGUGGGCGGAUUCGGCAAAGUCUAUCGAGGCUUCUACCGCAAUAAAGAGGUGGCGGUGAAAGCGGCCCGUCGAGAUGCGGAUGUCGGCCUGGAGAUGAACAAAGAUCGCGUGCUCCAAGAGGGACGCCUCUUCUGGCUCCUCAAACACGAAAAUAUUAUCAGCUUGUUGGGUGUGUGUUUGGAAGAGCCCAACUUGUGUUUAGUCAUGGAGUAUGCCUAUGGCGGACCGUUGAAUCGAGUCCUCAGUGGACGAAAGAUCCGCCCCGACGUAUUGGUUGAUUGGGCCAUUCAAGUGGCACGAGGAAUGUGUUACCUGCAUCACUAUGCUCCCAUUUCCUUGGUCCAUCGUGAUCUGAAGUCGGCCAAUGUGCUGAUAUCCGAAAGAAUCGACAAAGAAGACGAUCUGUUGUUCAAGACUCUCAAGAUCACGGAUUUUGGGUUGGCUCGGGAAUCCUCGAAUACCACCCGAAUGUCUGCCGCGGGAACUUAUGCCUGGAUGGCGCCCGAAGUCAUCAAGAACUCCACUUUUUCCCGGGCAAGUGAUGUCUGGAGUUAUGGUGUGAUGUUGUGGGAGUUGCUGACUGGCGAAACGCCCUACAAAGGAAUUGACGAUCUGGCCAUUGCUUACGGAGUGGCAGUCAAUAAGCUCAAUCUACAUAUACCAAGUACUUGUCCACCGGAAUGGCGAGAUCUUUUAGAAGCUUGUUGGAAAUAUGAAACAUACGAGCGACCCAGUUUCCAAGGCAUUCUCAAGCUUUUGGACGAUAUCACACAAUCAAACUUCAAAGAAAUGCCCGACGCCAACUUCUACACCCUUCAGGAUGAUUGGAAGAUUGAGAUUGAGGAGAUUCUCAUUGAUAUUAGAGAGCGGGAAAAGGAACUGCGAAGUUUAGAAGCCGAAUUGGAUGACAAACAACGGGCCAAUUACAUUGCCGAGGAACGCCUCAAGCAACGAGAAGCGGCCCUGGCUGAACGUGAGAUCGAUCUCCUUCAGCGGGAACUCAACAUCAUGAUCCAGCAACACACCACCCGACAUGGUGCCAACACCAACACCAGCAACCCAGCCGUGCCCAAGCCUAAGCAGAGGAAAGGCCAUUUCAAGAAGAGCAGAUUAAAAUUGCUCAAAGGCAGUCAAAGCUCCUCCAUCAUAUCUGCCCCAUCAGAUUUUCGGCACAAUUUAAGUUUGACCCCCUCACGAUCCGACCUCGGGAUUUGGGAUCGCACCCUCACCCUCAACAGCAAGAGUGGCAGUGGAAGUGGAAACACCGGCAAAAGCUCCUCCAGUGGCGUGCCUGCCGAUGGUGUCAAGGGAAAAACUUGGGGCCCAAGUAGCGCCAACAAUGCCGUCAAAGUCCGGCCCACCAUCGUCAACGACCCGAGUGGUCGGUGGAGUCAAUCUGCGCCCUCGUUGGAAAAAUCUCCCCGAAAUCUGGGGGCCAAGCCCACUGUUACAUCCGUACCUGAAUCUGGCGAAGAUUAUUUGGUGGUUCAUCCCUCGGUCUCGGCUUAUUCUCUCUAUCAUGGCUCAUCAACCCAAGCAUCAUCCACCAACACCUCGUGUUGGUUCAGUCCUAAAUCGCUUGUCAGGCGGUCCCAAAGUCAAAGACCUGCCAGUGCAAGCUAUUAUAACGAGUCCGACAACCGACCGUUGAUUCCGCUCCAAUAUCAAGAGGCUGGGGUUCCCAUGCCCACUUUGUACAAUGGGUCUGGAAUGGGUGGCAGGACGGGGAGUGGCGAGGAUGCUCGUCCUAAGAUGGGUGCCAUCCACAUGUUCCUUUAUAACAUGUCGUCCAUGUUGGCCGGAGUGGCUGCGGGUUAUGAUGUCAGGCUUUCCAAUGUGACUGCCUUUCACCCUAAGCUCCAUCCACAGAGACCAUUGGAGGACGAGGAUGAUCGGAAAUAUUGGUUCGGGGAUCCCGCCCACCAACAAAAGCAACCCGUGCUCUAUCCCCACAACACCUACCAUGGACACACACCUCAUUACCGCACCCCGUUGGAGAAUUUGGACUUCAAACCAUUGCGAUUCACGGACUCCCCUCAACAUUUCUCUCAAGUUGGGAGUACUAAUGGAAUCCGACGGAAGCCUUCGAAUGCCAGUAACGAUGGAAACGAGGUGGUCCAAUAUCCGCCCCCUCCACCCGUGGCCACAGGUCCUGGACUGGAUCGGCCGUUGUUCACGCCUAGUCCGGAUUACGGUGAGAUUGGGUAUUCGAGGGCCCGGAAGUACUACCAUGACCAAAUGGAGGACUCGAAGAUUUAUCAAUCACCCACCAUAGCCAACAAUCGCACCUACGGUCUAACGGAGGACCCUGCUCGACGGAAAGAUUCCAUUGACCGGGUUUUGGAUGGGUCCCUAACGCCGUCCCUGGUCAGAGCAAACAUGGAUCCACUCGGUUCGGCGACCAGGCAUAACAGUAGCAACAACCAUUCCGGAACAACUAAUAAUUUAUAUGAUUCUGGCCCUCCCAGAACGGCUCGAUAUGCCACGACCGCCGCGGCUGCGGGCCUACCCGCCAAUCCUCAUCAAACUGGCCAUCGACGCUCUGCCUCGAAUACUUCCAUGCCCAAUGCCAUGUUUACCUCUGGUCUCCGAAUGACCAGCCUCGAUCCAGACGACCAGGAUCUUUCUUGGGGCUCGACGUCCGGUGACUACGAUUCUCGUCUUCCAAUGAUGCAAUUGGGUGCUGCCGCCAACUUGUCAGGGGGCCCCUCCGCCCCAGGGAGCAUUCAUAGUGCGGCCCCCCCAACUCGACGGCUUUCUCGGCAAAACUCGUAUGGUUCCUCGUGCGGCAUCAUGCCUUCGGAAAUGGAACGCCCUCAAACCCUGGAGCUUCCCAUGACUCCUCGCACCCCACUUCGCUCUUCCUUGAAGAAGACUGGUUAUUCGUAUCAAACCCCCGGGAGCACCUCAUCUGGCCGAAACUGGUCCUCGGGGGGUGGGGGCGGUGGCGGAGGAGGAUCAUCCUCUGGCAAUGGCACCCCCACCCAACCUACGCCCCCCGACUCAUUGUCAGAAGAGACUUUUGCCAAGUCAGAUUCAGGCUUCAUCUCAACCAAUCGGGUGCGCUUCAGUCCUUCUCCUUUUGAGAAAGGUGUGUAUGUGACCGAUUGGAGCCCCACCCACGCUGAACCCUCUGCUCAAGCACCACUCCCACUUCACGGAUCCUCCCAUCACGCCCCGCUGUCCCGCCACCAUCGGCCUGGUGGCGGCGGCAGUAGUUCCAGUGGGACCGCGUCAGCUUCUGGGGGCGCCACUCAUUACGUCACCGACACAGAUCUCCAUCGAGAUUUCAACUUCUAUUCCAAGUCAUAGUUACUACUAUCCCAGUAUCAACCACAGAUCUGAAACACCAUGAUAUCGUGCCGCCUCAAAAGAAGUAUGCCAUAAUUUAUUUUCCGAUUGUCAACCAACCACAUGACAAAGUGAACGUUAAUAAACUUAACCCAAGUCUCAA